AUGGAUAUCCUUUCUGCGCUCGGCGUAGCGCUGCUCACGCUCAUUCUCUUGACACUCUUUUCUUGGCUCGCGGAAUCGCGAACGAACACGCACCCGACUCGGGCAAACGAAGAUGCGGCGCGUGGAGACGCGUCGAAUGCGCGUCGAUUCCCUUCUCUUCGGCUUCUUGACUCUGCGUAUGGCUCUCAGGUGACCCCUCGCGCUCCCGAGUCGUUUCUGAAGCGCAUGUGUCCCACGUUGAUCACUCAAGUUUACUCUUUUUCGCUGCCCGCUAUACGAUUUCUUGGGCGACACGCACCUCGAAGCGACUUCAUCAAGUCUCUCACUGCAACCGCACGCGACCUCCGAUCCACCCUUGCCUCCUUGAACCCGUACGCCGAACGCCAUCAACGCGAAAUCAACGAACUGAAGACGGCUCUGUCCAAUGCUCAAGACGCCCUUUGUAACUCCCAGCAGUUUCUAAGGACUGCCGGUCAGAAACUCGUCAUGUCGCGAUCCGAGAACAACACGCUCUCCCGGGACCUCGCCCACGCGCGCGCUGCGCUCUGCGAGCUCAGCAGGGUAAAGAGGGACUCAGAGGUCACGAGCGCUAUGCUGGCGAAAAAGACGACGGAGCUAAAGAAGAUUCAAGACGCUGUGGGAUCGUGGAAGGGCGAACUUCGCACUACUCAAGCCGAACUCAACGUCCUGCAAAGCGAAUUACGGGCUGCUCGUCACGAACUUGACUCUGCGAACACCGGCCUUGAUGCUGCGCGCGCCGACCUAGACAAAGCGCGUGUUGACCGCGACAAAGCCCGCGAGGAUGUCUCUCGCCGGCGCGCCGCCUAUCACGAACUUCGCGACAUGAACCAGGACGUCGUCGCUGCGUACAACGCCUCGCGUAGCCAGAGCGCGCGCAUGCAGCGCAAGUACGCCGCGCUAGAGCGGUAUACGGAGGAGGUGAAGGCGAUGGCGAAGAAUCUGCUGGAGGACUAUGGGCGAGUGAACGAGGAGAAGCGGACGAUGGUGCGGGAUAUGGAGGGGCUGGUGAAGGAAAUGCGCAGGGUGGAGGCAAAGCUGGAGGGGUCAAAGGAGGAAAAGCAAGUGCUGGCGAAGGAGAUCAAGCAGCUUCAGGACGUCGCUGCGGACCUUCGCAGUCAGGCGAGGGAGACGGAGGAGCGCGAGCAUGAGAUGGCGGAUGCACUGCGCGAGAAGGAGAAGGAGCUUCUCGAAUCGAAGUCCGAUGCGACGAAGCUGGAGGCGCUCGUUGCGCGGCUUCGGCAGGCGGCGAGUGUGGUUUUGGAGGAGAAUGACGCACUGGCGGAGGAGAUGCGGUCGAUGAAGGAGGAGGUGCGGGCUCUGAAGGCGGAGGCUGCUCUUUCCUCGACGCCGAGGAUGUCGACUGCGAUGACCUUCGCUCCUACUCCGGCGAUGGUGUCGCAGACGUUGCGCAAGAACCCUACCCCGGCAACGAUUUCGCGCUCUCUGACCGCAUUGUCCUCAACUGUGGCUCAGCAUCGGCGCUCGACAUCGACAGCAAGCACAGCUACAGCGGAACCGACACCGAGAGCAACCACCGUUUUGAAGAUCAACUCGCUGAACCCGAUGGUACCCUCCGCGACCUCAAUGUCCAGCUCGACGAACAUGCUCUCCUGCUCGACAAACCUGAUGGCAACCUCGACGAACUCGAUGGCGAGCUCGACGAUGUCCUCGGCGACUCUGGACUUGACCUCGAUCAACAAGGAACGUACUAUGCUUAUGGACACCGGUGAUUCCUUCUACCAGGCGGCGCUUCUUUCUUCGUCUGCCGGCUUCGGAGCGUCGAUCUCGUCGAACGCUGCCCUGGUACCAGUCGAAGGAUCUCGCGAUGCAUGCUUGAGCAUCAUCACCGACCAGCCUGUGGCUCACACCCGCUCUGCGAACGCCACCGACACCGAAGACGAGUCCGACAUGUCACUUUGCGAGUUUGACUGCUCGCCAUCUUCAUGGACGAUGCUCUCCUCGCUCCCCUCCGUCUCUAUCCCCGGCACACCGCCCUCGAGCAAGUCCUACUGGAAUGACCACGUCAAGAUCCUGUCAACGUCUAACCGCUCGACGGAAGACUGGAGCCUCUACCUCGCGCCUACCUCCAAGUCUGUGACGAUCGACAAGCCCAAGUAUCUCGCGGAAUCCAGAUCGUCUCUCCCCUGUCCUCAACUACCACGAUUCCGCCCUCAGCUCUUUACUCGCUCGCCGAUGAAUUUGGGCUCUGUAUCCUUGCGCGACGACCGCGACCGCCUAGAGCGGCCUGUGGCUGGCCGGCGACGCGCUGCGUCUUCAUCGUGUCUUCCGCCGCCUGUGUCCCUGCCGCUGUGGCCGCGCCUUCUCGAUAGCGAGUUGACUGCGGACGGCUAUAGGCAUGUCCUUGAGCGCAGGGUGCUCAAGCGGACACGCCUUGACUGA